AUGAGCCCCGCCGCGGGCGCCGACCAGCAGGGGACCCUGGACCACCUGCUGUCGGUGGUCCGAUCCAUCCUGGAAGACAUGGGCCUCCCGGUCCCCCGGCCGCUGACCUGGGUCACGGUCGACGGGUGGAAUGACUUCGACCUGUACGACGUGGAGGUGGUCCCGCUGCGGGAUCUGCCCGACUUCUCGGUCCGCCUGGCCGAGCGCCUCGGGGCCGCCAUCAGCGAGGGCUUCAUGGCCGAGAUCAACCAGCUGACCGAGGGUGCCCCGGAUGACGGCUUCCUCACGUACGAAUACCUGCGCAAGCUGUACAUGAAGUUCGACAAGCUCGGACAGUCGGCCCGGCCCACGUCCCCGGUCCGGCAGCUGCUUUUGCCAUCCGGCCGGCCGCGGCCACUGCCGCCGAUGCGCGCGCGCCUGGCCGACACGGCGGCCACGGCUGCCGCCGGCACCGGCGCCGGUGCCGCGCCCGGGGCCCUGGUCCCGGCCGCCGGGCACUCCUCGCGCUCGGUGCUCAUGGCGGCCGGCGCGCAGGCCGUCCAGCAGCUCGGCCCCGGCGCCGUGCCCCCCGGCAUGGCCGCGUACGAGGUCUUCCCGAAGCAUGAUGAUCACUCGGCCGCCGGGCAUUCGCAGCAGCAACAGCAGCAACUCCAGCAGACCCCCCCGCGGCCGCCGACACGGCCCAUGCUCCUGGUCAGCUGUGAGAACGAGUAUCUGGACAUGUCCCACAUGCUGGAGGACUUUUGCUUCUUCCUGGACCACACCAUCAACACCGUGUCCAAGCAAUUCCCCUCCUUCACCCUGGACACGUCGCUCCUCCGGGCCCACAUCGGCAUGCUGGAGAACACGGCCAGCAUUCGCACCGCCGAGGCCGAGUCCCAAAAGUCCAUGGUCUUCGCCCUGAACCUGACCAUACGCGACAUCGAGCAGGUGGUCGAGGCCCUCAAGGAGGAGAAGGCCGAGCUGGCCACCAAGCUGGAGGCCGCGCGCGAGGAUGUCCGCGCCAAGGACCGCGACCUGGCCUUCCUCCACCGGGACCUGGACCAUGCCCAGUCGCUCCUGGCCCAGGAGGAGGAGCGGCAUCGCGAAACCGGGCAAAAGCUCACGCGCGCGCUGGCCGACAAGCACGAGCUGCAGGACGAAAUCAAGAGCAUGAAGGCCCAAGUGAGCUUCGCCCGCAAGGAGUACCACGGCCACAAGGAUGAGAUCGAGCGCCUCAAGAAGGCCAACGACAUCAUUUCCCACCGGGAGCGCUUCCUCCGGAAGAAGCUCGAGCAGGCCGAGGGCGAGAUCAUCACCCUGGCCACGUCUCCGGUCCGGCCGCCGGCCAUCAGCCAGGUCCCCGGCGCCGGGACGCCCACUCCCCCGGCCGACGAGGACUUGCUGGCCGCCGCGCCGGCCGCCGAGGCUGCCGCCGCGCCAGGUCCCGACGUGGCUCCCCCGGCGGCCGAGGCGGCCCCCGAGCCCCAGGCCCCGGCCACCCCCGGGGCCGCUGGUCCUGCAUGCAGCCCGGCCGAGCGCCGGGCCCUGCCCCUGCGCGAGCUCCUGGCCACCGGCGACCUGGCCGCCAGCCUGGAGCUCUUCUCGCCGGAGGGCGGCCUCGGCACCAGCAUGCAAACGCACCCCACGCCGGAUGUGGUGCUGGCUGGGCAGCAUCUGACGCCGUUGACGUCGCGCCGGCGCCGGCCCAGGUCGGCGGUCGAUUCGAGCCUGGUGCUGGCCUCCUGCUCGUCCUCCUCCGGCUCGGAGGGCCACCUUUCGGACGGCCAUGACCACGAAGACCCGGAGGACGACGAGGACCUGGGCUUCAUCGACGAUGACGAGGAGGAUGGCUUCCUGCUGUCGCCGUCGGCGCUGCGCGGGGUGCCGCUGCUGGACAGCGACCCGGAGCUCUCGCCCCGGCGCAUCAAUCGCCAAGCCCGCCGGGCCACCUUCCACUCGCUGGCCAAGACCACCGGCCGGGCUCUGGACAGCAGUGUCGACAGCACCGGCAGCAGCCCGCACGGCAGCAGCACCGCCAGCAAUGGCAGCCUGCUGUCCUCGUCGCUGGACGCGUCGCUGGCCGCCGGCCCGGCCGGCCUGUCGGAUGUGCCCCUCAGCGUGGAGGACUUCGACCCGGCCGGCAUCCAGCUGGACCGGCUGAUGUUCCACUCGGAGAAGAAGGCCCUGCUGCAGUCGCUCAACCACCUGACGCAGGAGCGCGAGGAGGUGGCCGCCCAGCUGGACGCCGUGGCCACCGCCGGGCAGGAUGUCCUGGCCGAAUUGACGGCCGCCUGUGCCGCCGAUGACACCGAGGCCGAGAGCGUGCAGCUGGUCGGCCUGCAGCAGGCCCUCGCCCAGCUGGCGGCCAUGCGCCAGCAGCUCCAAGCCCGCCAGCAGGCGGCCACCGAACGAGCCGACGCCCUGGCCUCCGAGAGGGAGACCCUGCUCGUGGAGAAGGAGGCCCUCCUGGCCGAGAAGGAGACCCUCCUGGCCGAGAAGGAGACCCUCCUGGCCGAGAGGGAGGCUGCUGCGGCUGAGCGCGACGCGGCCGUGUCCGACCGCGAGGCGCUCACCGCCGAGCGCGAUGCCCUGCUCUCCGAGAAGGGGGCCCUGGCCGCCGAGCGGGAGGCCCUUGCCCGGGAAAAGACCGGUCUCCUGGCCGAGCGCGAUGCCGCCGUCGCCGACAGGGAGUCCAUCCGGGCCGAGCAUGAGGCCCUCGCCACGGACAAGGCCAGCCUGGUGGCCGAGCGUGAUGCCGCCCUCCUGGAAAAGGCAUCCACCAUGGCCGAGCGCGAUGUCCUGCUGGCGGACAUCGCCUCGCUGACCGAGCAGACGCGCGACUUGGCGGCCCAGUGCGCCGCCAACAGCAUCCAGCAGGCGGACAUGGCCACCCGGCAGACGCAGACCUCCGAGCAGCUGGCCGGCUUGGUGGCCGAGCAUGCGGCCCUCACGGCCAAGCAUGCGGCCCUGCUGGAGCAGGGCGACGCCUCCGCCCAGCAGCUGGCCGACCAGCUCCACGCCCUGACCGCCGAGCGAGUGGUCGAGCGUGACGCUCUGCUGGCCGAGGUCGCCUCGCUGACCGGGCGUGCGGACGAGCUGACCGCCGAGCAUGCGGCCCUCACGGCCGAGCACACGGUCCUGCUGGAACAGAGCGGCGCCUCUGCCCAACAACUGGCCGACCAGCUCCACGCGCUGACCGCCGAGCGCGAUGCCCUGGCCGCCGAGCAGGAGACCCUGGCCGCCAAGCACACCUCCCUGCUGGCCGAGCGCGACGCCCUACUGGCCGAGGUCGCCUCGCUGACCGGGCGCGCGGAUGGCCUGACCGCCGAGCACGAGGCCGUGCGCGCCGAGCAGAAGGCCCUGGCGGCACAGCACGCGGAUGUUGUCGGGCAGCUGGACGCCCUGAAGGCCGGGCAUGCGACGCUCGAAGCCAAGCACGCGGCCUUGCUGGAGCAAACCGACGCCUCCGCCCGGCAGCUGGCCGGGCAGCUGGAGGCCCUGACCGCCGAGCGUGAUGAGCUUGUCACCGAGCGGGAUGCCCUCCGGGCCAGGGCCACCUCCCUGGACGAGCAGGUGAGCGAACUGCAGGCCGCGCGCGAUGCCAUGCAUGCCGAGCAUGCGGCCCUGUCGGCCAAACACGCGGCCUUGGCGGCCGAGGCUGGGGCUUCUUCCGAGAGCCUGGCCGCGGAGCUCCGUGCCCGGACCACCGAGCGUGACGAGUUGGCCGCCGCACGCGCUGAGCUGGACGCCCAGCGCGAUGCCCUCACGACCGAGGUCGGCUCUCUGACCGGGCGCCUUGACGAGUUGACCGCCAAGCAUGAUGCCGUGACUGCCGAGCGCGAUGCCCUGGCGGCCAAGCAUGCGGCCCUGCUGGAGCAGAGCGACGCCUCCGCCCAGCAGCUGGCCGACCAGCUGCACGCUCUGACCGUCGAGCGCGACGCGCUGGCCACUGAGCGCGACGCCCUGAGUGCCGAGCGUGACAUCCUGAGCGCUGAGCGCGACACUUUCUGGCCGGCUUGGUGA